AUUGAAUAAUUACCUCAGUACCCAUAUUAUAUUCCGUACACUGUACAGUAUCUACCUAAAUAAUAUAAUAUUUAUUUAAAUUUUGAGUACAAUAUUAUAAUAUGGGUAAGUACCAAUCAUUUUUUCCGCGUUCCAUGAUAUACAGACACUAUAAUAUAUUAUAAUUCCAUGACUGCUGCGUGAAUCCGAAAAAGUGCCCCGCGUAUACUUACGACCGUUCGAACAGAUGGAUAAAGCAUAUACGUAUACAUAGUGUGACAGUAUAUACUUAUGUAUAUAUGUAUGUAUGUAUGUAUGUGGACAUGCUGGCGCGUGUUUUUAAAAACAAGGUCAUGGGAAAUGGGAAUAAUCGAUUCUAUUGCACGCGCUUUUACGUGCACGCACCCCUAUCCCUUCCUCACCACCACUGAGUUCAACGAUUCGGCGGUGGUGGCUUUUAUUGCACGUUUUUAUUUUUUGCUCCGUGUCCCGCGUGUUGUGGCGCCGUCGUUGGCAGCAAAAGCCGUUUUAGAGUUCAGUUUCGCGACCACGUCUGGUCAUUAAACAAUUCGUUUCCGCGCGGACACGUCGCAGCCCGACACUGAGUUAUUAUUUUAUAUAAUAUAGACAGGUACGUAUCUUAAUAUUUAUUAUAAUGGAAAUUUAAACGCUCACCACGAUCACGGCCAGCGCCUCGAAGUUCUGUGACCGCCGCAGCCUUUCGACUUCGAAUUUGCAGUGGUGUUGACGAUCCUCGCACAACGUGAAUUUCAAAAUGUCAUCGUAAUCAGUUAUCUGCAAUUAUCACUAUUAGAAAAAUUACCAAUCGUCUUAUUGUAUCUAAUUAUAUAGAAUCAAAUACAGCUCGUGUGUUAUACAUAUUUAAACCUAUAACUUGAGUUACAAUAUUAGUGCGUAGUAAAGUAAAAUAUUUAAGUUACAAAACACGGAAUGAAUUCGAUGAAUGUUCAGAACUACGUACCUACUUGUGUAAUUAAAUUAUACGUAUACGGUGUACCUGUGUACCUUACCUAUACAUUAUUGCACAUAUAUCCUACAGACGAACUCGGACGCUGGUAAUUGAUAUGUCCUCAGACAAUGAACCUACUUGGAGAAUAUGCAGAAAAGCAGUUUGGAUGUUGAUACAAAAUGUUAAUAACUUAGCCGAUGCUGAAGCUUUACUCAACCGACAAGAGAAUGACCUUCAUAUUGCAAGCGGCAAAUGUUUCAUUUUAUUAUUGACAGCCAUUCAAACGCCGGAAAAGUCACGAUUGGAAUGCGCGCUGGCUGAGUUCAAGCGACUUGAGGCGCGAUGCGGCGCAAUGUUGGACGACGGCGGGUGGUUGGGGGCGUUCAGACGCAAACUGCAAUUCUCGUCCAGCGCCGCCGCGGGCGUGGACUACUACGAUGGACAGAUCGCGCUGGCCGACGUCACCCUGUGCAUAGUCGGACUGAUGGUCGUCAAGGUCAUAAACGGGUACAAUGUGGGUCACAUGGCUACCGCCAAAACAAUAUACACGUUGCGGCGUGCCUGGAAAAUGUACCAGCAAUGUUAUGCCUCCGUGUUGGACAUCUACCGCACCGUUUACGACCUGGACCCUGACGACAAUACUCCGAGGUGGCCGCCAGUUUUGAAACGCAGACAAUCCACGUCUGCCACCUCGUUGGCAUCGACGUCAAACGUAGAAAGUCGUAUGCAUCGCUCGGCUACCACGUCGUUUGUAACGCUACGUCAAGAUUGUGUGUCAAACGGGAUGACUAAGGACGUGGUUAGAUUGAUGGCAGCGGUCAGUGUGGGAUAUGGAGCUUUUAAUUUAAUUUUAUCAUUAAUGUCACCAAUGGUUAUCCCUCUAAUCGGAAUGUUGGGUUUUCGCGGAAACCGCCAAACCGGCUUAGAAGCUUUAGCAUUUGCCAAAAACGGCCCUGAUGUACACGCACCAUUGGCAUGGUUGAUCCUGUCAUGGUAUCACAUGAUGGGAAACACAGAUUACUUAUUCGACGGUCCCCAGUCUCGAGAAAAUGAAACUUACAUCAAGGAAUCAGAACAAUUAGUAUGUAAUCCACCUGAAGAAUUCCAAAACUCGACAUCUCUGCAAUACUUUACUGGGCGAUCGCUUUAUCUCAAGGGUGAUUUAGAACGAUCGAUACGAGCGUACGAGAUUGGAUCAACAGUUGUAGUUGAUAAUUCUUUUGUAAGUAUGAAAACAAUGUGUUUACACGAGUUAGGGUUCAUGUAUGCAAUUCGAUUGGAUUGGAUGGCUGCGUAUAAAAAGUUCGCAAGUGUAGCAGAAGUGUGGAUGAGACAGUAUCAUUACUUUAUGGCUACAGUGUGCGCAGGCGCGGCGGGCGAUUCAACCACGGCCGAGCUGAUGAGACAGCGUGCCGACGAAGCGGUCAGUGGCUGUAGGUUGAACGCUUGUCCGGGUACGAUGUGCAGCUUUAUGGAGAGCAAAGAGAGGAAGGUGGCCGAAGCACUGCGGUGGACGGCGGCGGCCUCGAGUGGAGACGACGCCGACUGCAACCGCCGCGACGGCCAGCGACACUGCCGUCUGAUCGCUUACGAGGUGCUGUACGUCAAGUACGGCGUGGCCAAGUGGCCGGUGGACUCUCUGCACGCCGUCCUAUCGGAUUGCCAAGAAGCUGAAGACGACGACAACACGAUGUGGUACACAAAACAAUUACUCACAAUCGUCUGUCGCAGAGUUUUGGGUUUCGUCGAUGACCACUGCCAUUCCCUGAUCGAAAUUGUCGAAAAUAUGGAUCGGAACCAGCGGCGUGAUCACUUGUACGUGUACGGAGUUUAUGAACUUACCGCCGAGCAGAUCAGACACAUCGAAACUAUAGACGAGGGCAAACGAACAGUCCAAAAACUAAAGGAUAUAAAACGAGGUUACCAUUUUCAGUACUUCUACGAUAUGAGAUGUGUCUCAUUGCAAGCGUACGUACAAAAAUUAAAUGCCAGAUGACGAUUUUUUAAGUCCAAACAACUGCUACAUGAUGGAGUGCGAGUAAAAAACGUUUUUACAAACUUAUUGUUGUUAAUGAGUUUUUUUAUUACAUUACUCAAGCACAUGUAUGAUGUAUAUUAUUUUUGUUUUCAUCGGAAUCGUACAGUAGAAUACAAUAUUAGUUACAUAUUUUUUUAUACUAAACAGGCAAAAUAGGUCUAGAAACUAAGCCGUCCACAAAAUAUAGUUAUAGAAAAUGGGUGUCUUAUAUCGAGUAAGUAUAACAUUAUAACAAUAAGUGAUAAAUUACAGUAGAUACCUAUUUACAUGUACAUAAUUUUACAUAUUUAAGUAAAUAACAAAUAUCAAUAUUAUUUAUAAUAGUUAUAGAUUUAUGGAUGGGUAAAUUGUAUAAUUAAG